AUGGCGCCCUCACUGGAAGAGCCGGUCCAGGUCGACCUCAAUGCGCCCCUCAAAGCUGCGCCCAAGCUUGUUGCUCCAGAGCCAGAGCACUGCCCAGGUCCCGAGUCCCAACAAGCAGGCCAAGCCGACUCCUGUGCCGGCUGUCCCAACCAGGCUAUAUGUGCCUCUGCGCCCAAAGGCCCCGACCCCGACAUCCCCCUCAUAACCGCCCGCCUCUCCUCCAUAACCCACAAGCUCCUCGUCCUCAGCGGCAAAGGCGGCGUCGGCAAAUCGACCUUUAGCACCAUGCUCGCACACGCCUUCGCCCUCAACCCCAACUCCACCGUCGGCCUCAUGGACACGGACAUUUGCGGCCCCAGCAUCCCGAAAAUGAUGGGCGUCGAAGACUCGACCAUCCACGUCACGUCUUCGGGCUGGGAACCCGUCUGGGCCACGGACAACCUCGGCGUCAUGAGCGUGCAAUUCAUGCUGCCCAACCGCGACGACGCCGUCAUCUGGCGCGGUGCCAAGAAGAACGGACUCAUCAAGAAAUUCCUCAUGGACGUCUCCUGGGGUGCCCUCGACUGGCUCGUCGUCGACACCCCACCCGGCACCUCGGACGAACAUCUCAGCGUGAACGCGUACCUCAAGGAAACCGGCCUCACCGGCGCCCUCGUUGUCACCACUCCCCAGGAAAUCGCCCUCCUCGACGUCCGCAAGGAAAUCGACUUUUGCAAAAAGGCAGGCAUCCGCGUCCUCGGCCUCGUCGAAAAUAUGUCUGGCUUUGUCUGCCCGAAUUGCAGCCAUGAGGCUCAGAUCUUUCGUGCUAGUACCGGCGGCGCUCAACGGUUGGCGGCGGAUAUGGGGAUCCCAUAUCUUGGGGCUGUCCCGUUGGAUCCGCGCAUCGGUAUGGCCUGUGAUUAUGGCGAGAGCUUCUUGUCUGCGUAUCCGGAUAGUCCGGCGUGUAGGGCGAUCCGCGAAGUGGUGAGGAGGGUGGGCGAGGAGGUGGGGUUGGGGCGGGACGAGGUGUUGGGGGACGAUGAGGGGGAGGAGUAG